GGUGGCAGCAUUAAAUGAAGGCGCCUUCCGAUGAGUCUCUGAGGAAAAACUGUUUAUAUAAGUGGUGGUGCCAUCCUGGACCACCCUUGAAUUGGAGAGGAAGUAAUUAGGGAAAGAGCAAGAGAGAGAAUGGACGUUGUGGUUGAGGUGGAAGAGAGCUUGAGAGAGUUGAGGGAGAGCUUCAAGAGUGGACGUACCAGAAGUGUGAAAUGGAGGAAAACCCAGAUCACUGCGCUUCUUCAGCUUCUUCGUGACCAAGAAGAGGCCAUCUUUAGAGCUCUCCAUCAAGAUCUUGGCAAGCACCCUGUUGAAUCUUACCGCGAUGAGGUUGGAGUUGUAGAAAAAUCAGCCGAAAAUACUUUGAGCUGCGUUGAGAAAUGGAUGGCUCCUAAGAAGAGUCACAUUCCUUUCCUUUUCUUUCCCGGAAGUGGAGAGGUGUUAUCAGAACCACUUGGUGUGGUUCUCAUAUUUUCUGCUUGGAACAUCCCUAUCGCUCUAUCACUGGAUCCAUUAAUUGGAGCAAUAUCUGCAGGAAAUGUGGUAGUCCUUAAACCUUCAGAGCAUGCUCCAGCAUGCUCUUCCUUCCUGGCUGGUGCCCUUCCUCAAUACCUGGACUCUAAAGCCAUUAAGGUUAUCGAAGGUGGAUCAGAUGUCUGUGAACAACUACUACUGCAGAAAUGGGAUAAAAUAUUCUUCACUGGGAGUCCACGGGUGGCAAGCAUUGUCAUGUCUGCUGCUGCAAAGAAUUUAACUCCUGUCACUCUGGAGCUGGGUGGAAAAUGCCCUGCCAUACUUGAUUCCCUCCCUAACCCUUCAGAUUUUCGGAUGGCAGUCAAAAGAAUUGUAGGAGGGAAGUGGGGAACAUGCAGCGGACAAGCAUGUAUAGGAAUAGACUAUGUGCUGGUUGAAGAGAAGUUCGCAUCUGUUUUGGUAGAUUCAUUGAAGAAGAUAAUCAGGAAAUUCUAUGGUGACGAUCCAAUAGAGUCAAAGGUCACUGCCAGAAUUGUAAACAAGCACCAUUUUAAGAGGUUAUGCAGUCUUCUUGAAGAGCCUCAGGUUCGGGCUUCCAUUGUUCAUGGCGGUUCAGUUGAUGAAGAGAAUCUGUUCAUUGAGCCCACCAUCUUAUUAGAUCCUCCACUAAAUGCUCAGAUAAUGGCGGAAGAGAUAUUUGGUCCUUUGCUUCCAAUAAUCACUAUGAAUAACAUUCAAGAAAGCACAGGAUUCAUAAAUUCAAGGCCAAAACCUCUGGCCAUUUAUGCAUUCACCAAGGAUGAAGCUUUCAAGAGAGCGAUUCUAUCAGAAACGUCGUCUGGAAGUGUUACAUUUAAUGACACACUGGUCCAGUUUGUAUGCGAUGCACUGCCAUUUGGAGGGGUCGGGCCAAGUGGGAUUGGAAGGUACCAUGGGAAGUACUCUUUUGAGACCUUCAGCCAUGAAAAAGCUGUGAUGUAUAGAAACCUAUGCCUUGAAAUAGAGCCAAGGUACCCUCCUUGGAAUAAGUUCAAGCUGCAGUUCAUAAGACUGGCAUACAAACUGAACUACGUUGGUCUAUUACUGCACAUGCUGGGAGUGAAAAAACACAGCUAGACAAAAUCGACUUCUCAUCAACUAUGUCCUAGAAGCACUUGCUUUUCUUAUAAUGUUACUACUAGCUGUUUCCAUCGGACGCAUUGCAAAAUGGGUGCAGAACUUGCAAACAAUUUCUUCUUUCCUUCUUAAAUCCGAAAAAUCCUUCCCUUCAACGUAUUUAUAUUUCCAUGAGCUUCAAACGCGAUUGAUAGUGCAUUAUUGAUCAUUGUAUUGAGACGGUUGCUAAUUCUCAAUAAAUAGCAAACAUCUACCAUGAAUUAUCAAAUUUCUUAUCAUCAUUCCGAAA